CUCAUCCUCACCUUCUGUUCUUUUGAAUUCCAUUUGAUCAACAACUUCAAUCAUCUUCACUACCACCAUACACCCACGACUAAGUAGAAAUACUCCUUCGCCACAAACACAAUAUAUCCCUCGCUCCUUCAUCAACACCAACAAAACCCCGUACAUACCCACAAAGCAAAACAAACACCCCCAUACGCAACCAUGUCUGAAGAUUGGGAUACCGUCACCAAGAUUGGAAGCAAGACCCGCGGAGGCGGUGCUGCGCGUGAGACCGUCGUCCGUGGGAAGUCUGCUCUCAAUGCUGCCCAGAGAAGUGGUGCUGUUAUCGGUACGGAGAAGAAGUUUGGCGCUGGAAACUCUGCCUCCAAACCCGGCGUCGAAGGCCAGCACCUCACAAAAGUCGACCGCAGCGACGACAUCGUCAAGCCCACCACCGUUGGCAAGGAAGUCGGCACCGCCAUCUCCAACCAGCGGCAGCAGAUGAACCCAAAGAUGACCCAGAAGGACCUGGCUACCAAGUGCAACACGACGCAGAGUAUCGUUGCCGACUUUGAGAGAGGCUCUGCGGCCCCGGAUCAGAAGAUCCUUGCUGCGAUGGAGAGAGUUCUGGGCAUUAAGUUGAGAGGAAGUGAUAUCGGAAAGCCGAGAUUUGGUCCGAAGAAGUAGAAGGCUUGAGGGUAGGUAUGGGGAUGGGAAUGGAUAUGGUGGGGGAUGGGCUUCGGGACGAUUGAAUGGAGUUGUGGGGAUUAUCCGAAGGUUGAUGGCGAACUGAUGAUGGUUCUUGCAUGAUUUUACGAAUGAAUGCGAGGGAAUUGAUUAUGGUUUGUGCGACGGGAAAAAUUGAGCAAUGGACUUAUGCUUUUGAUUAUGAAAUCACCAGGCAGGAAUAGAGCAAAAUGAUCAU